AUGGUCCGAACGGGCCGGGGCGGAGCGCGAACGCGAGCGCGCGCGGACCUCAGAGCUGGACACGCGCCGGCAGUGAAAGCGGGGGGCAGGAGAGUGGUCAAGAGGAGCAGCGAAGGGAUCGGAGCUCCGGACAGGGAGUCCAAGAGGUCUGCUGAGAAGGCUAGAUCUCUUGCCAGUCUCCCCAGAGGGCCAUCGGUCAGUGUUUUGUUAGCAGGGACUCUUGGAAAGGUGCGACAUGACUUUCCAGAGACGCCAGUUAGCGUGAGGCACAGCAAACUCAGGCCUGCUGUGGAGAAAGCGUACUCACCCAGGGUCUUUUUCAUCCAGCAGCCACGCAAAUGUUGA